GACGGCGAUGAUCAGUUUACUUGGAAAACUGGAACCGUGCGGUCGUGUGCGACGGAAUUGGGCUUAGUCCGUUUAGUGGUUAAUUGAAAUCACUAAUACUUAGUUAGUUAUUGCAAAACGAGAAUAAACGCAAAAUGCCAUCUGCAGCGACAACUUCAGUGCGCAUUCUGAUCGGUGCUUUGACCGUUAUAAUAGGCGUGACCUACAAGAACUAUCGGGACUUAUCUGCGCCCGGCAAGCGUCCUGACCUGGAUAGCAAUGAGUAUUGGGGACCAAAGCUGCAGGGUUCAUAUAAGGAAAACAAAGCUGUGCUGCCCUAUGACAUAAGUGUUGCCCCUGAGCUCAUUGCUGACCUGAAAACACAGCUGGAUCGUCCGCUAAAAUUGCAGGAACCACUGGAAGGUGUCGGCUUUGAGUACGGUUUCAAUGCCAACGAGUUGCAGAAAGUGGUGAAAUACUGGCGUGAAAGCUAUCUCACCAAAUGGAACGAACACGAGCAAUUCCUUAAGAAGUUCAAGCACUUCCAGACCGAGAUUCAGGGUUUGAAAAUUCAUUUUAUUCAUGUGAAGCCCGUCAAGGCAGAGGGUAAGAAGGUUCUGCCAUUGCUCUUACUUCACGGCUGGCCGGGAUCAGUACGUGAAUUUUAUGAGCUUCUUCCCCUAUUGACCACUGGCAAUGAUAAGAGCGAUUACGUCUUUGAGGUGAUAGCGCCCAGUCUGCCAGGCUACGGUUGGUCGCAGAGCGCUUCAAGACCCGGCUUUGGCGCUGCUCAAGUCUCGGUGGUUAUGCGUAAUCUGAUGCUGCGUCUGGGAUUCAACAAGUUCCUGAUUCAGGGCGGCGAUUGGGGUAGCAUUAUUGGCAGCAAUCUGGCUGCCCUCUUUCCGGACAAUGUGCUCGGCUAUCACUCGAAUAUGUGUGGCAACAGUAGUCCCCUGGCCAACAUCAGAAUGCUGCUGUCUUCAUUCUUGCCCAGCUUCUACAUUGACAGUCAAUACGCACAUUUCUACAAGGGCUUGGGCCACUUAUUCAAGAAUCUUAUAAUGGAGGAAAUGGGCUAUGCCCACAUUCAGGCCACCAAACCGGAUACCAUUGGCAGUGCUCUGGCCCAUAAUCCCGUUGGCCUGGCUGCCUACAUAUUUGAAAAGUUCUCAACUUGGACAAAUGAGGAGUACAAAAGCUUGCCGGAUGGCGGUCUGACCAAGCGUUUUAGCUACGAUCAGCUGCUGGACAACAUAAUGGUCUAUUAUGUUACCAAUUCGAUAACCACAUCCGUACGUUUAUAUGCCGAGACUAUGAACAGCACCCAAAUGGGAUUGAACCUCGAGAGUGUUCAUAUUCAUGCACCCGUCGGAUGUGCCCGAUUCCUGCAUGAAUUGGCGCACACUCCGGACUCUGUGCUGGCCAAUAAGUAUCGCAAUCUGGUCCACAGCACACACUACAAUGAGGGUGGACACUUCCCAGCCUUCGAAGUGCCCCAGCAGCUCUAUGAGGACUUUGCUUCCUUUGUGAAGAAGGCCUUUGCCUAGUUUUAAUAAUUUGCAUUUGCAUUUAAUUAAAUGUUGUAUUUUCAUUGAAUCGGCGUAGGAUUUAAAUAAAGGUAUUGUUUAUAUUUUCUAAAA